CAACAUCAGAUUCUAUUUUAAAAAGAUCUCGUGGUGUAUAUACCUCCCACCUGCCUGUUUCCAUGGCUACGGGGAAGCCGUUGACCUUUAAUAUCCGUUAUCUGUGACGGUACUGAUGCCGGCACACAGCUGGCGGGCGUGACACCCGCGUCACACGAGGGUGUUAGCAUCUGCAGCAUUUCGUCUGCUAACGGAGAGAUGUGGGAAAACCCUGCAGCUAGUCUGAGAUAUUUUAUCCACAUGAAUUAUAACGCUAUUAUGAAGAAAACGAAAUGAAAUAUACGUGAUUACGAAGCAGCUUAUUCCAAAAGUCGAGUGAUAAGUUUAAGGUAGCAAUGUCCAGUCAAGAAUACAUAACAUCAUUAGGGUUAUGAGGGUAGUUAACUGCUUAUGAGAGAUUGCAAGCUACAUACUGAUUGUUAUCUGUAUAUCUUGUCCCAAAGGCAUAUUUUUUUCACUGUCUGCUGUGGAGAGCAUGACAAUGUGCUUGUAAAUGCCUGCUGUGCUUGUAAGUACCUGCUGACAGCAAGAGCAUUUUUGCAAGUAUAAAAAAAAUGGCAAACUGCUGUCUCCAUGAUAACCUUUUCAGCACCACAGUGAUUUGUUGUCUAUACUGUAUAUAAAACUCAAUGACCUGUUUCAGGCACCAUUUCUUCACCCUUACUGCAGAUAGCAGGGUGUCAUGCUUUCUAAAAUAAAAGUAGGCUUUCAUGUGUGUCAAUGCUGGCAAUGUCCACAGUGAAAUUGCUGUGGAUUUAUUAUGCAUGGCAGGCAGUGAAAAAUGAAUGUCUGAAAGAAACUGACAUGGAUAACAGAGCAUUACACUAUCUGGUGGACAGAAGAAACUCUGCAUGUUAAGAUACUAUUAGUGUUUGUGUAUAGUAGAGCUGCACUAAGUGAUCUGGCAAAAGUCGCCAAGUAUAUUUUUGCAUGAUGGAGCCUGGUCUUAUUCCUUAUUUGCUGAUAAAGCUCUUUCUUUCCAGAAAACACAUAAGUGAGGUUUAUUGAUUUUUGCCAGUGUGCCAAUUUGCAUGAGACUGGCGAUUGCUUGAGUCAGUGCAGGUGUAUGUCGUUAUAUUACUUGUCCUUCACUUUUGUACAUCAGCUAAAAUAUCAAGUGUCUUAUUUUGAUUCAUGUACAAGAAGUUAGUUUUUGUUUUUGUCCAUCCAUGUGUGGUACUACUGUAAAUAUUUACCAAAAUUUAGCUUAUGUGGUUGUUGAUAUGUCUAUAUAGUGUUUUUACAUGUAAAUUUGAUGUUUGAAUUGUACUAACUGCUUCUUUAAAGAUUUUUCACUAAUUAUAAUAGUCUGCUUUCAGCUCACUUUUUUCAUAGUGCACUCUAACAAAAGGAAUCGUUUUGCAAAUGAUGCUCUAACACCGCUGCUGAAAUGUCUCGAGGGACCACAGUGAGGACCUCCGUAUCGCUCACCUCAUUAGGAUGGCUCUACUUAGUUCAGGGCAUCCCAUAUGGGCUGCAAGACAAGUUCAUUCCAGUUCAGCUUCGUUCGCGGGGACUGCAGUAUUCAAGUGUGUCCCUGUUGAAAGCCCUGUUAUUUCCAUGGGCUGCAAAAGGACUGUGGGCUCCCUUAGUUGAAAUCUUUGGCGGCAAACAUUGCUGGCUCUUGGUGUCACUUGUUGCUCUCAGUGCCUCAGCAUAUGGAGGAUCACUUGUCAUCCCAGAAGAUGUCUUUGAGAUUGGGUGUGUCCUUCUCGCUCUGAACGUGUUCUCGGCCAUCCAAGACAUAGCCGUGGAUGGGCUGGCACUUGAAGUCCUCCGAGAUGAACACCUUGGGCUUGGGAACACCAUACAGGUGGUCCUCUACAAAGUUGGCUGUUUGUUAGGUGGUGCUGGACUUACUUUUUUAUUAGAUCUCACCAACUGGAAGAUCACAUUCAACUUCCUUGCCUUUUUAUAUCUUUUCACUGCUGCUUGGUCCAUACAUCUGCCCACUAGCAGUAACAUGUUUGUUAAAUACUCUGUUGUGGAUAAGGAGAAUAAGUGCAAAAGUUCUUUCAAGGCUGAGAACGAUUCCCAGGUGAACCUAGACAGUGCUCAGGAUAUGAGUCAGUGUAAGGCCAAGGCUGAAUCCCAGAUAAAGAAAGUUUUUGGUAUUAUGAGAGAGGUUGUAACCACACCAGGAACAGGAUGGCUCAGUCUGUAUGUCCUCUUAUACAAAAUGGGCGAGAGAGGAGCAAUAAACAACAUGCCUCUCUUCCUUUUGGAUAAAGGUAUGUCAAAACAUCUCCUGGCUUUCUGGAAUGGCUCAGUUUGUCAAGGUUUGUCCAUCCUCGGCUCAUUUUAUGGUGGCAUCACUCUUGCGAAUAAAGAUGCUGACAUUAAAAAUGUGUUACUGUUACAUUCUGUGUACAGAGUAUUUGCUGUACUGGUAAUGCUAGUCUUGAUCACAUUAUGGAAUGAAUAUUAUAUAUCCAUAUAUUUCUCUUCGGGUAUAGUAAGUAUGUGUUCUCUUAGCUUCACCAGUGGUGUUAUAUCUACUGCGUCAUUCACUCUCAUGAUGAAAGUGAGUAGAGCGUGCAAGGGGGAGACACAGGCUAGCCACUAUAGUGCUUUGGCCUCGAUUGAGAUUGCUGGUAAACUUGUAUUUGCAACUCUGGCAGGUUUUAUUAUUGAGUCUGUUGGCAUGGCAUCAGCAUUUUUGACUUUUACUGUUUUGUGUACACUGCCUUGCAUGGUACUAAUGAUAAUCCCAAGUCAUCUGUGUCACCUGAAAAAUGACUGAAAAUAAAUGAUUUAAAAAUCA